UCCACUCGGAUGCUCUCGGAGACCGCCGCAAAGAACCGCCUCGGAGAUGCCGGCGCGAUGCCGUAUCGCUUUCUGGGCUCUCGCCGCAUCGCUUCUGUGCUUCGAGCCGGUCCUUUCCCUCGCGGGAGGAGCGUGCGAGCUUAGCGUUCGACGCCGCAACCUUGUCUAUAACUAUAGCUUGGCGUCGUCCACCUCUAAACACCCCCACGGUGUUCUCAGCGAAGAUGGGUUUUACAAGGUAGCAGUAAAUGAGACGUUGCUCUGGUUUCAGGUUGGCCUUGUCAGGUCAUUGAUAUUCAGCUCAUCAAUUUGUAUGUGAACAGCUAUGCGAUCAGAUGAUAUUCAACCACAAUCCACCUAGAUGUUUUGGUUGCCAGGACUGUGGAGGUCCUUCACAUUGUGGCAUGAAGUGCAGUGCACUUGUGGCAAACAACAUAGGAGGUUAUCAUGUUUGCACAACUAUUGGGGGGUUACCAAAUCAGAAUAUUGCUCUCAUUGAUGAAAAUGAUCCAGAAAGGGGUGUCAUUAUUAGGAUGUCAGCUAAUAGCCUGGAAAAGAAUUGUUCACUUUCUGUUUCAGUUUUCUGUGAUUCAGUUAAAACCCAUGUACCAAAUUCACUGAACAUAUCAGGAAGCUGUGACUAUGCUACAGUGCUUAGGCAUCCAUCCGGUUGUGCUAAAGUAAUUUCUGUCAAUGGAAAUGGGCUGGGCUGGUUUGGUACCUUAAUAAUCAUAAUCUUAUGCCUUGUAGGAGGUUACAUUCUGAUUGGCACCAUUUACAGGUUUUUCUUCCUCGGAAUUCAUGGUGCAGAAGCUAUACCGAACAUGGAGUUUUGGUUCAGUUUGCCCCAAAGAGCAAGGAGUAUGCUUGGUUCCUUAGUAAGAAGAUUCCGAGGACACACUAGAGAUAGCCGAGGUUCUUAUGCUCCUAUGAACCACUGAAAAACACAUUUGGCCAACUUUCUCAUGGAGCUCUCUUGGUGGAUUACUGGAUUUACUCAUCUACGCAAACAGCCAAUUGAGAGAUCAACAAUUUCUGCAAUUGGAAGGAAUGGCUUGGUAUUUAUUAGCAGGCUCACUUGCUAUAUUGAGGUGUGCCACAGAGGCUGUCAUUGAUAGUCGAUAUUUUUGUUUUUCUGUGUCGUUUUCUUGAUUAGAGCGUUGAUAGUAUUUUUCUACCCUCAUCUGACGUAGUGUUAUCAGAAAUGAUGGGUGAUUUUUUUUUUUGUUCUUUUAGUUGAACAGUUGAUUUGUCAAUUGCCGUGUAUUUCUUCAUGGCCAUGUGUCUGCUUUAAUUCGUUUCUUUGGAAUUUAAAUCUGCCCCUGCAAGUGGAAUACCUUGUCUUGUUGGAUCUCUUACAUUAAUCAUGACUUCAUGUUGGUACUUUGGAUGAGAUUCACCUUCA